AUCGCUUUCUUCUCUGUUCCAGCUUUGCCCCCAGUUCGAAACCGAGUCGUAGAACCGCCGCAGGCGGUCCACGGGAACAUCCCUGUGACAUUUGCGGUAAAAUAUUCAGUAAAAGGUGUCUACUGCGAUACCACAUGGAUCGUCACAUCGGCAUCGAACGGCCGUUCAGGUGCAACGUGUGUGACAAAUCUUUCAGCAAUUCCGUCCGGCUGCACUAUCAUACGGCGAAGCAUUUGACGGAAAAGAAUUUCCAGUGCGAAACAUGCCACAAAUGUUUCACCCUGGAACUGCAACUGACGCUUCACCAGAAGCGACACAUCGCUGAUCGGCCGCAUAAGUGUCCCGUUUGCCGAAAGGGUUUCCAAAUGAAUUCUCAGCUGGUAGCCCAUAUGCGCAGUCACAGCGCGGAGCGACUGUUCGUGUGCGACAUCUGCGGCGCAUCGUACAAGACACGCAGCAGUCUGAACAGCCACAAGCAAAUCCAUACGAACGUUGGGCUGAAACCAUAUAAGUGCGACAUCUGCGGUGCAUCCUACAAAACACGUGGCAGUCGACAUUCUCACAUGAAAAUUCACCAAUCGAACGAAUUAAAACCCUACAAAUGUGGCGUGUGCGGUUUAGCGUUCAAGUCGGUUAGUGGUCGAUAUUCGCACAUGAAAAAACACACGUCCGUCGUUGAACCCGUGAACCCGUACGAUUGUGACAUUUGUGGAUCGUCGUUCGAAUCGGCCAGCGGUCGAGACCGUCACCGGACGGUUCACAGCGCGGUUGUGGUAAAACCUUUCAAAUGUGACCUGUGCCCGGCGGAAUUUGUCUUCAGGAACAGCCUCGUUACUCAUAAAAGCAAAGUGCACAACGAGAGGAACUAUUCUUACCGCCGGUAGGCCGGUUUAAGUCCAUCUAUUCGAAAAAUAAAAGUGGUCGCCACAUCUCUUGCAGUCAUUACUUGAAAAA